AUGGGUCAAGCCGUGUCGAAAAAAUAUCCGUGGUUGUCAAUAAAUACUAUUGGGAUUCUUGAUUUUAGUUGCUGGUUUGCGCUAGCCCUGUUUGGGUGGCUCUUUCUUCCCGACCUGACUGAAAACCACCUUAAUUCGCAACAAUCAAUCAGUGAGGCUGGAACAAAACCCCGCUUGGGGAUUAAACGGAUUAAUAUAUUCGAAAUGAGCGAACCUGAUUCGCUCAAAUGGACUCUGAGGUUCAAAAACCAUAAUGUUACAAUCCUUCUCCUUGUAUCGCCUACCCAAUCAUUCGAUUCCAUAAAAGAAGAACUCCUGAAAGCCCUUAAAAUUCGCGGCAUUACAGAAUUAAACGGCCAAACUGUGCCUGAAAAUCCAGCCGAAAUCGAAUUUGGUGUACCCCUUGACAGGAACAACUUGGAAAAAGGCUGGGAAAAGUUGAAACCGACGACAGGAGAAGCAGGGAACGGAAUGAACAAGCAACCUUUGCGAGGCCGGAAGUCAAUUAUCACAGGUCCCGUAGGAGCAGGGCUCAAAGAUUCUCAAGCGCUCGCGUUCAGAUUCCGCAAGCCUGGCGAGGAUGAGGACGAAGAUGAUCUGGGAAUUGGUUUUGACGACCCUGGCUGGGAUGUUAUGAUUGCAAAAUAUGACGCUGAAGACGACGAAUGA